CCCUGGCCUGGAGUCAGCCUCCUCAGGAAGGUACCCUGGAAUUCAGGCCAGGCAUGGAACUGCUCUGGACGCCAUUGCUGCUGUUGUCGGCUUGCCUCUCUGAGGUCCUUGGCUCACCAGAGAUAGACAGUGGCAUCAACAUUUCCCGGCCUGUGCACAUCCUGGAGGAUCAUAACUUGAUGGUGCUGACUCCUGCAGGCUUCACGCAGGCACUGAAUGACACUCGCUUCCUAAUGGUGAUUUUCCACAAUCCAUCCUUGAAGCAGUCCAGGAAGCUGGCUGAGGAGCUGGGAAAAGCUGUGGAAAUCUUCGGCAAGGGCAAGAACGGCUUGGGCUUUGGCAAAGUGGACAUCACCGUGGAGACGGAGCUUAAGCAGGAGUUUGACAUCAAGCAAGCCCCGGAGUUGAAGCUGUUUUACGAGGGUAACAGGUCAGAGCCCAUCAGCUGCAAAGAUGUGGUUGAAUCUACAGCUUUGGUUGUUUGGUUGAGAAGACAAAUUAGCAAGAAAGCACUCUUGUUCAACAACAGUGAGGAAGUGGCAGCUUUUGUCAACUCCAGGCCCUUGGUCAUUGUUGGCUUCUUCCAGGACUUAGAGGAAGAAGUGGCAGAAUUGUUUUAUGACACAAUCAAGGAUUUCCCAGAACUAACGUUUGGAGCCAUACCAAUAAAAAAUUCCUAUGGGCGUUUUCACGUGAUCCUUGACAGCGUCCUGGUGUUCAAAAAGGGAAAAAUUGUAAAACGCCAAGAACUCAUUAAUGACAGCACGAACAAAGAUAUUCUCAAUCAUAUCAUAAAACAAGAGCUCACAGAUCUUGUGAUUGAAUUCAACUCUGAGAAUAAGGAACUGAUUUAUGAACUGAACAUCUUGAAUCACAUGUUGCUCUUUAUCUCCAAAAACUCAGAGCCAUACAGCACCAUCAUCCAUCAUUACAGACUGGUGUCAAAGGAAUUCCAGAACAAGAUCCUUUUCAUCCUUGUGAAUGCUGAUGAACCCAAAAACAAACACAUCUUCGAGUACUUCCGUGUCUCAAGAGUCAACGUCCCCUCCGUUCAAAUCUUGAACUUAAGCUCUGAUGCCAGGUACAAAAUGCCCACAGAUGACAUAACCUUUGGAAGCCUCAGGAAAUUCUGCCUCAGCUUCCUCAGCAAAACUGCCAAGAAACACGCAUCCAGCGAAGAGAUACCCCAGUAUUGGGACCAAGGGUCUGUGAAGAAGCUCGUGGGGAAGAACUUCAAUGUGGUUGUCUUUGACAAGGAGAAGGACGUGUUUGUGAUGUUCUAUGCGCCCUGGUCUGAGAAGUGCAGGGCCCUAUUAGAACUGCUGGAAGAGUUGGGCAUGAAGUAUCAAAACCACUCCACAGUCAUCAUCGCCAAGAUUGACAUUACAGCAAACGACAUUCAGCUGGAGAAGCCAGAACAGUACCCAUUCUUCAGGCUUUUCCCUACGGACUCACAAGAGGCUGUCAUGUAUAAAGGAGAACACACCAUAAGGGCCUUUAGUGACUUCCUGGAAAGCCAUGUCAAGCUUAGGGUUGAGGAAGAAGAGGAGCUGUUGUCCAUUGAGCAAGAUGAAGUGAUAGAGGAGCAAGAGUUGGCUGAGCCAGAGACGCAUGUCAUGGAGGAGUUGCCUGAGCAGCCGUUGCUCAAGCCAGAGGACACAACCAAACAAGACAGACCCUCGAAAGAGUCACCUGCCCCGAGGAACAUAAGCAAGCCAGAGUUGCCAGCGAGCAGAAAGGAAACUGCUGAGAAGGCGGCGGAGGAGGCUCAGCCGAAGCAAGGGCCACAACCAGAGAGGAAAAUCAAAGCCAGAGAAGAACUUUAGAUUCUCUGAAGCCUUGGGGGGGAAAGGAGCCCAAUUCCAGGUCCUGACAUCAGUUUCUGAGUGCAUCUACUCUGACAUUGCCAUGGAUCAAGUGGAAGGUUGGGUGGGGGCUAGACAAUAAAGCUCAUGCGUGUCUUUGA